UUUCAAAUCCCGCGCCUCAAUACUGUGACGUCACGUGUUCUUCCAAGUCAACAUCAACAAAACAACGUGUGGAACCCUAUUACUGAGCGAGGAUUGCGGAAGACAGGCUUGCAUUACAUUCCACAUAUUCAGAAGAACCAUGGGGAAAAAAGACAAGGCUAAGAAGAAAGGCAAAGGAGCCGAGAAGACGGCUGAGAAAACUGCCAAGAAACUGGUAGCCAAGCUCAAAAAAGAAACGGGAGAGGAUGAUAUUGAAAGCAUAGUCAAAGCCAUUGAGGCGGAGGAAAAAAAGCGCCAGGAGGUCAAAGAAUUGCACAAAGUGGAUCCGCCCAGUCAUCGAGCCAAUUUCUCUUUGACCCCACAUGCGGACAAUCCUGAGCUAAUUCUCUUUGGCGGAGAGUUCUACAAUGGCCAAAAGACCAUUCUCUUCAAUGAUUUGUUCCUUUUCAACACCAAACGUCGAGAGUGGAGCCAGAUUGUUUCGCCAGGGGGACCUCCUCCCAGAUGUUCCCAUCAAGCGGUGAUGACGUCCCAGAAUGGGGGACAGCUCUGGAUCUUCGGCGGCGAAUACGCCAGUCCCAAUGAGACUCAGUUCUACCAUUACAAGGAUCUGUGGUGCUUUCACUUCUCUUCCAAGCGAUGGGAGAAAAUCAGCGCUACAGGGGGACCUUCGUCUCGAAGUGGACAUAGAAUGGUGUUGACCAAGAAGCAUUUGAUCAUAUUCGGUGGUUUCCACGAUAACCUCAGGGAGUGCAAGUACUUCAAUGAUGUCUACGCGUUCGACUUGGAUAAUCUAAAAUGGAAGAAACUGGAUGUGAGUGGAGCGAGUCCCGCCCCUCGAUCCGCCUGCAACAUGUUUGUACUCCCUGAUGGGCGGAUCGUGGUGUUCGCUGGUUACGCCAAAGAGAAAGGAAAAAAGGACUCUGAGAGCGGAAUUACCUAUUCGGACAUGUUCGUACUUACACCUGACAAACACGACACAACCAUGACCAAAUGGAAAUGGAACACGGUGAAGCAAGUGGGUUAUCGACCCUCCACUCGAACCGGAAUGAGUGUGGCAGUGGCCCCCAAUAGCGUCAAGAUCUUCCUGUUUGGCGGUGUUCAGGACGUGAAAGACGAAGACGAGGAUUUGGAGGGCAAUUUUUUCAACGACCUUUAUUCCGUUCAAGUAGAGAAUGAACGAGCUACUUGGCAUAAAGUUGAAUUGAGUGGCAAGAAAGAUGUUGGAGCCGGGAAGCGUCGACGAAGAAAAAGCGCUGAAGGUCAGGACGACGUUGAAGAUGGGGACGACGAGGCACAACAAGAAGACGCUAAGGCCAUUGAUGACAAAUUGUCGGAUCUGAACCUCAAGGAGGAUGAACCCAAAACGGUCACAGUGGAAGAAGGAGCUUUCACAAUCACGUCUACCAUCGGAAUUCAAGAAGCCGAGGGAUCCUCUGCAGGACACGGAACGUCAUCAGGCUCGGAAAAUACCUCCAAGGCUUUUAUUCCGCCUCCACGAUUUGGCUCUGGCUUAGCCGUGAAACAAGGCGAUCUGUUCAUGUUUGGAGGCGUUAUGGAAGAUGGAGACAAGCAGUAUACUCUGAAAGAUUUCUACUCCCUAGAUAUUCAUAAAUUCGACGAAUGGCAAACGAUCAUCGAAUCCGAUCUCAAGAGCAUGGAAUGGUUUGAAUCGGAUAGUGAUAGCGAUGAGGAUGAGGAUUCUGACGAAUCCGGGGAAAUGGAUACUGAUUGACGGAAAUAAACGUUACUCAAUUAC